GCUACGACAAGAGGACGCAUCCAGCGACUUUCCACAGGAGCGCGUUCAAUAUGGUUUGGUCCCGGGAGAGAGAGACGGAGCGGCCUCCGCUGUCCGUCAUCCUGCCGCGGCUCUACCUCGGAGCGGAGAGCGACGUGACGCAGGACGGGCUGGCCUCUCUGGGUAUCUCCUAUGUACUGAGUGUGAGUCGCUGCAGCCCCCAGCCCUCCUUUCUUCCUUGCUCCAGAUAUCUUCGCAUCCCUAUCGAUGACUCACUUUGGGACGACCUGCUUCCCUGGAUCCCACAGGCUCUGAACUUCAUAGAUGCAGCCAUGUCCUCUGGUGCCUCCGUGUUGGUUCACUGUGCAGCAGGAAUCUCUCGCUCUCCAGCUCUGGCUGUAGCUUACAUCAUGUACAGCCUGGGGAUGGACCUGGACCAUGCCUACAGGUUUGUGAAAGAGCGCCGGCCCUCCAUUUCCCCAAACUUCAACUUCCUGGGUCAGCUGCAGCACUUCCAGGGCACUCUGAGCCAGAAGGCCUCUGGUGACGACCUCCUCAUGAAGCAGCUGGACAACUGUCCGCUAUCCAUCAAUGACAGUGUUAUCCACACUCACACCAGUCUCAAUAUGAAUUAUCAGGCUGACAGUGUAACCAGCAACUCAGCAGAGCUCAAACAGGCACACACAGAGAAUCUCCACUUCACAGCUAAAACACAGCAGAGACACUCACAUUUAGAUGGAAGUGGAAACCAGCUGCUUUCCCUAUCAGGGAAACUUCGGACUCUUCAUUUGACUCUUAAUCAAAACCAGCAGCAGGUACAGACGUCAUGUGAAGUUCCAGCUCCAAACCCCUGUGAGACAGUUAAACCAGCAGCAAUGCCCACACAGCUCCCAGCAGGCUCUGCUCCUCUAUCAGAGAAACGCAAAAGCCUCACCCUCCUCUUGACCCCUUUGGGAAUCUGUCCUCCCUCCUCAGCAAACAGCAGCCAGCAACCAAGGGACACCGCCAUGUCCAAAACUUUCCACAACAGUGAGACAGGAGAAAAGCCCGAGGCAAAGACACAGAGUACCCCUGGCUCCUAUAGGCAGGCAGAGGACACUUGCAGGGAGCAGAGUCCCUCCCGCAGCCAGUGUAGCAGAGCUGAGGUGAAGGAGCAGGGCCUGCUGUCACCGUUCACCUUCACCAUCAACAAGCUGCUGGGCUGGGGCGAGAGAUUGCUGCUGGGAGGGCUGUUUGCCCACCCCGUAAGAAUGGGACAGCCUUCACUGCCCUACAGGUGCUGAGGGAGCAGCUGAUGUUAAGGAUGCUUGUUGUGUCCAUUUAUUUCUGCGCAUGUUUGUCAAAUUGAACUAAACCACACAUAUGUGGUACAUAAUACAUACAGGAGGCCUGAAAGAACUUCUGUCUUCUAUUUAUUUAUUUAUUUAUUUAUUGCAGAGCUAAAUAUAAGAAGUAUACUUGACCAUAAACCUCCACACAAAUGCAUCUUGUUUAUUACAUAUUGACAGUGGUCAGCUUAUCUUGACAUUUGUAAAACUGAGUUAUUUUCAAAGACUUUUGGUACAAUGGUCUGAGAUGUAUUUACUGAUGAUUAAAGAUUACAUUUCAAGUGCGUCUUAUUGCCUUUUUCUCAGUGGUUCAGAGCGACACUUGUCAAUAUUGUUACCUGGUUUUAAGGUCUCAUCACUCUCAUGACCUCAGAAAUUAGGGAGCUUUUAUAAGUAAAAACAUUGAAAUAUGACUGUUAUUUCUGUUUAAUCGUAACAAAUAUUAUCAUUUUUGAUACAAAUACACGGUCUCCAAGAAGUAACAUUAGGACAUUAUUUUCUCUGAUAUUUGCAUUUCUCAUAAUAUUUCCUUUCUAUAUGUUUGUGCCAUGAUACACAUGGAGUGUGAGGGUAGGCAAAUAUAUUGUGCAGGAGAACUAAAGUAAUGAAGGGGUCCCAGUAUAGUAAUGCAAGUUUUUGAGCUGGUAAAGACAUUUAUGUUUCAAAGAAGACACUGCCUUGUAGAGACUUUAAAUAUGGGUACAGUCUAUUGGUCAUGAAAACCUUUAAAUGGCUAUUUGGCCCCAGUUCCAGCUACAAGCAAGAUGUUCACAAUUUAGGCUUUAUGGUGGCACCUCCUUCAUCACCUCAUCCUGCAGGUUCCUGUGUCAAAAUGUAGUUUAAAAACCUAAAAUAUAGCUGCGAGCGGCAAUUCCGGGGUUCAAGCCAGUAUCGAUGUUUGAAACUUGAAAGCAGGGUAGAUUCAAGACCGUUGACAGUUCAAGAUACCUGCAUUAAAGAUUACCAACAGGUUUUAUGACAAUCAGACAGAUGCUCAUUCAUUUAUGUCCAAAUCUCUAUGAGGCCACGCUCUUGUUUGGAAGCACUGUUGCUGUCCACCAAGUUUGGUGAUGCUUGAAUCAGUGAAGGUUUCUUCAUUUGAUUUACAUCAAUUUUGUGAAAGGCCAUUGCACUUGUUUGUAACUUGUGGUGCCUCCUAUUGACUGAAUUUCAAAUAAUGUGAUAACGUGAUUGAUAAUAAUUAUUUAACAUACCCUGCAAGUUUUGUAAUGAUUGGACAAUCAAUUUCAGAUUUUUAGUCUGACAUGUGUUAUUGCAUGCCCAUUUUUUGUAUUUGUGGUGCCACCUGUGGUGACCUGGUGGUCACAUUUGGAUGAAGACAUAUUGGUCAUUUUUACACUUUAUUCAGUUGACACUGUCAGUGACCUCAGUAGUGUGGAAGAGCCACACGCAGCCACAACAGCUUGGCACCUCCUCCUCAUGCUGGUCACAUUUUGCUGUGGGAUGGCAUCCCAUUCCUCAACCAGGAGUUGUUGAAGGUCAACCAGCAUGGUUGUGUUGGUCACUCUAGCACAUACAACAUGCCCAAGCUGAUCCCACAAGUGUUCAAUUGGGUUGAGGUUUGGACUCCAAUCAGAUGCCAUACACCUGUGACUGACAGACACCUAGCAGCUCUUGAAGCUCAGAACAAGAGUGAAUACCAACAGGAGAAUGUUGCAGGGGAUUUUGACACAUUGUUUUGGGGCGUUACUCACGUGUUUAGCUGUGUUGCUCAUUCCACUAAUACAUGAUCCUUACAAGUUGUUGGCCUACUUCACUGUAAAGGUGACUAGUCAGGCUUUCCAACAAUAUAACAUACAACACCAAUUGGCAUAAUUAAAGGGAAGAAAUAAUUGACUGAAAUAACGUUUCCAAACUUUUUUUUGAGGAGUUAAGUAUAAUGUGUGUGUGUGUGUGUAUAUUCUGGUGGUAGGCACUCAUAUAUGGACUGACUGAGCUAAAGGGGCUGUCCUCACAGGAGGCUGAGCAGGAAUAUCUCUCUGGUCCAGUUUAUGAUCAAAGGUAAGGGUGGAUAAUGACAUUUUCAAAUGCAAUUUGAAGUAAAAUAUCAACUUGGCAAUCAUUGUGUUCUCUGUUACCAAUUUAGUCAAGUGUAAUACUUCAUACAGAAGCUUGCAAAGAGAAGUAAGAUCAAGGAAUGGAAUUUCCAUUAAAAAUGGGAAGAAAAAAAUACUUGUCUCUCUGACUUUUUAUUUCUUAUUGUUUUUUGG